GGGAGGGGCCCCCGGCCGGUGACUCUCGGAUCCGGAGCUGCUCCCGAAGCUUUCAUGCCUUGACCGGCCAGGCCGCUGGUCUGGUGUUCAUGGAAGCGGCUUCCCCCGUCCGGAGGGAACCUCCAGCGGUCAGGCCGUCCUUUUCUAUCAUUUCGUGAGGAACGGCUGUCGCCAAUGACCAAGAUGCCCCGGAACAGGGCCUUCUCCGAGCCCGAAUAUUCGGCAGAAUAUUCUGCCGACUAUUCAGUCAGCUUGCCCUCCGACCCCGAGCACGGGGUGGGCCGGACCCAUGAGGUGACCGUCAGGAGCUCCGGCUCGUGCCUCUGCCUGCCGCGUUUUAUGCGCCUCACGUUCGCCCCGGAGUCCCUCGAGAACCUCUAUCAGACCUACUUCCGGCGACAGCGCCAUGAGACCCUUCUAGUCUUGGUGGUCUUCGCUGCCCUUUUCGACUGCUACGUGAUCAUUACGUGCACGGUGGUCUACGCCUCAGAGAAGCUGGCCCCUAUUUUGGCCGCCUCGGUGGGCCUGGCGACCCAGAUCCUCCUCUUCGUCCUAUGCAAGUUCGAACUCUUGCCAGACAGAGUCACCCGGAAGUUCGUGCCUUACGUCUUGUGGAUCCUCAUCGUGGCCCAGAUAUUCUGCUACCUGGGGCUGAACUUCGCCCGCUACCAUGAGGCCAGCGACACGGUGGGCUGGCAAGCCUUCUUCGUCUUCUCCUUCUUCCUCACCCUCCCCUUGCGCCUGACGCCCAUCGUCCUGAUCUCGUCCAUCUCCUGCGGGAUCCACACGUUGGUACUGGGAGUGACCAUCGCUCAACAGCAGCAGGAGGUGAAAGUGGCCUAUGAAGAGAACUUGCUGUGGCAGAUCUUGUCCAAUGUGGCCAUCUACCUGUGUACCAUCUGUGUGGGCAUCAUGUCCUACUACAUGGCGGACCGGAAGCACCGCAAAGCCUUCCUGGAAGCGCGGCAAUCUCUCGAAGUCAAGCUGAAUCUCGAGGAACAGAGCCAGCAGCAGGAACGGCUGAUGCUUUCUAUUUUGCCCAAGCACGUUGCCGAUGAGAUGUUGAAGGACAUGAAGAAAGAUGCAAGCCAGAAGGAGAUGCAACAGUUUAACACCAUGUACAUGUACCGCCAUGAGAACGUCAGCAUCCUCUUCGCUGACAUUGUUGGUUUCACACAACUGUCGUCCGCCUGCAGCGCCCAAGAAUUGGUGAAGCUUCUGAACGAACUUUUUGCUCGCUUUGAUAAACUAGCAGCGAGGUACCACCAGCUACGGAUCAAGAUCCUAGGGGACUGCUACUACUGUAUUUGUGGACUGCCCGACUACCGCGAAGACCACGCCGUUUGUUCCAUCAUGAUGGGUCUUGCGAUGGUGGAGGCUAUUUCUUACGUACGAGAGAAGACCAAGACGAACGUCGACAUGCGUGUCGGUGUGCACAGUGGCGCCGUUCUGGGCGGGGUCCUGGGGCAGAAGCGUUGGCAAUAUGACGUCUGGUCCACCGAUGUGACCGUGGCUAACAAAAUGGAAGCCGGAGGGAUCCCAGGGCGUGUGCACAUUUCCCAGAGCACCAUGGACUGCUUGAAGGGAGAGUUUGAGGUGGAGCCAGGAGACGGCGGAUCACGGUGCGAAUACCUGAAGGAGAAAGGGAUUGUGACUUACCUCAUACUUCUCCCCGAACAGCCACUCAAGAAUGGGAUCAACGGGGUGAAAUUGUCCGUCUCGUCUUCCCACGGGAACUCUCCUCAGCUGAUCAACACCAAAGAAUGCAACGGGAGCAUAAACACGACCUGCACGUCCCCAGAUGAGGCAGAGGAAUUGGACACCAAGGUGGUGAACCCUUCCUUCCCCAACCCUCGGAGACGCCUGCGCUUGCGUGACCUGGCAGAGAGAGUGGUGGACGCUUCGGAGAACGAGCAGGAACUCAACAAGUUGCUGAAUGAGGCCUUGCUGGAGAGGGAGUCCGUGCAAGCACUGAAGGGCAGAUCCACCUUCCGCCUGUCCUUGCGCUUUAUUGACCCAGAGAUGGAGACCCGUUACUCCGUGGAGAAAGAAAAGCAGAGCGGGGCAGCCUUCAGCUGUUCGUGUGUCGUCCUUCUCUUCACUGCUGUGGUGGAAAUUUUCAUCGAUCGGAGGUUGGUGGCCAACUACGUGACCUUUGUUGUCGGUGAGGUUCUCUUGCUUAUCUUGACCCUUUGCUCUUUGGCUGCCAUCUUUCCCAGGGUUUUUCCUAGAAAGCUGGUGGCUUUUUCUACGUGGAUUGACCGGACCCGAUGGGCCAGGAAUACAUGGGCCAUGUCCGCCAUUUUUAUCCUUACCAUGGCAGACAUUGUUGAUAUGCUCAGUUGCCAGCAGUCUUACACCUUUCACAACGGCACAACGCCCGUGCUGUCUCACGGCGGUUGUGUGGAGAACCCCAAGUACUACAGCUACAUCGCCGUUUUGGCGCUCAUCGCCACCAUCAUGCUGGUACAAGUGAGCCACAUGGUCAAACUCACCCUGAUGUUGAUGAUCACAGGGGCCGUGGGGGUGGUGAACAUCCUCGCCUGGCAACAGAUCUUUGACGAAUACGACGAGAAGCGAUUCCGAGAGAGCCAAUACUUAAUGGUUGCGUCCAAGUAUUCCAUGACGGUGAUGAUUUCUGUGAUGAUGCUCAGUUUCUACUAUUUCUCCCGCCAUGUGGAGAAGCUGGCUAGGACUUUAUUCCUAUGGAAGAUUGACGUCCAUGAUCAGAAAGAACGUGUCUAUGAGAUGAGACGCUGGAACGAGGCCCUGGUCACCAACAUGCUGCCGGAUCACGUGGCGCGACACUUCCUGGGCUCCAAGAAACGGGAUGAGGAACUGUACAGCCAGUCGUACGACGAGAUCGGCGUCAUGUUUGCCUCCAUCCCAAAUUUUGCCGACUUCUAUACAGAGGAGAGCAUCAACAACGGCGGGAUUGAGUGCCUGCGCUUCCUCAACGAGAUCAUCUCGGAUUUCGAUGCCCUCCUGGACGACCCCCAGUUCCGGUGCAUCACCAAGAUCAAAACCAUCGGCAGUACCUACAUGGCAGCUUCUGGUGUGACCCCAGAUGCCAACACCAACAGUUAUAACAACGCUGUUAAGAAAGAAGAUCUUUCCGAAAAAGAGCGCUGGCAACACUUGGCGGAUCUCACAGACUUUGCCUUGGCCAUGAAAGAGACCUUGAUGAACAUCAACUACCAGUCCUUCAAUAACUUCAUGCUGCGAAUAGGCAUGAACAAAGGAGCCGUCCUGGCUGGAGUCAUCGGUGCCCGCAAGCCACACUAUGACAUUUGGGGGAACACGGUGAACGUGGCCAGCCGGAUGGAAUCGACGGGCGUCAUGGGAAACAUACAGGUUGUGGAAGAGACCCACCUCGUCCUGAAGGAGUACGGCUUCCGCUUCGUGCGCCGAGGGCACAUCUACGUCAAAGGCAAAGGCGACCUGCUGACGUACUUCAUGAAAGGGCGCGAGAAGCAGGGCUCCUUCGUCAACGGCUCCUGCGUGACCCUGCCCCACCAAGUGGUCGACAGCUCUUGAGCCGCCCCCCCUCGGGCUGUGCAUGCCAAUCACAUGGGGGGGAAGAGCCGGUGCUCCCCCUGCGGCCUGCCUGAAGGCACCACCGUUUUCAGCACCUGGGGUUUUAGGUGGAGAUGAUGGUUUUAUCCCACACCAACACCGUUAGAGUUACAGAAAGCCUGUCCCUUUCUUUCCAAAGGUUUGUUGUUAGUAGAGAGGCUCCCUUUACCGCAGGUGCGUCCGCAGUCGCCUCUUGAUGUAAACGUGGGGGAGUGGGAAAAGCCGUGUCCGGGGGAACGGGUCUCUGCCCCCGGCGCCCACGUGGCCUUCUUUGGGUUCGGAAGUGCACAACCGCCUCCGCCGCGCCACUUGCGUAGAUUGCCUGCGUUCUCUUUUUCAGUCCCAAUCAUGAGCCCAUGGCUGAUGGUUUCAGUUUUCCAUAGACUCGAUUUCGGCACAGAGUUUUGCUAAAGUAAACGCAAACUCCGGGUUUGGGUACGAACCGCUACCGCUUGGGCUGUCUGCCCCUGGUUCCCAGGAGAGCUUUACCCUCUUCUCGAAACCCCUGGAGGAAAGGAGGAGAAAGUAGGGAGGGGAGAGGAAAGGACCACGUGCAAUCUGUUCCAUUUAAAUCUGAGAUGUCCUGUUUCAGAUCUGUUAAAAUAUGAAUAAAUUUAUAUAAAGAGAUGCAGAUUAUAUUUUUAACUGUCUUAACCUGAAAGCGAGCCGCCUCUAAAUCGUGACGCCUUGCAACCUUUCGCUGCUCUCACCUCUACUGAUGCUUUAAAAGGGAGAGAGUGAUCUGGUUCCCAGACUGUUUUUUUAAACUCAACGGCUUUGUCGGGUUAUGUUGGAAGGAAGGAAUGUAAUCAGUUUCUUUAGUUUCUCGAAUAGAAAUCUGUUCAAUUUUAAA